UUUUCGCAUAUUCGACUGCGUUAGUUUUGGAUACUGCUUACCUCAAGUUUUACUUCCUUGAGAACAAAUAUCAAUUUGGAUAUCAACUGCAAUUACUAAUCUCAAUCUAUCAACAUAUCUGUGGAUUCGAAUAUGGGCUGCUGUUGUUCCAGUAGUACCAGUUGUUGUGUUACCAGUGCUGUUGUUCCAAUUGUUUCGAUUCGAAUUCAACCCAUCCAGGAGGAAACACUAGGCGCUGUUACAGAAUCAACGCCAUCACAAGUGUCAACAUACAAAUUGAAUAUUCAUCAUCGGGCGGCUGUUGUAAAUAAUGGUUAUACUAAAGUGGAGAAGUCAAUAACUGGUCACUUUUUCAUUAGCCUUGAAAGAAAUGGCGAACGUCGGUACUUUGGAAAGUAUCCUAAAGGCGGUGGUCCAAUAAAAGCAAUAUUCGGUCGCGAAAAGAUAGAAAGUGACAAAGAGGAAGAAUUUGUAUUGUGUUUACAAAAAUUCGAGAUAAGAAACAAUCAAAAGUAUCUUGAUACAAAGACAAUUAAUCUGACUGAAGUGCAAUAUAGCAACGCUGUUGAAUAUGCAGAAAGCAAAAGUGAAGGGAAAAUAGCACAGAAUAGAUAUGUCUUGGGACUUUCUGAUUGUGCUGACUUCGUUCAAUCAGUUUAUAAUGCUGCAGGGCUGCCUCUCUACUUUUCCUCAGUGUACAGAACGAAAGAACUGAUUUCAAGUUUGGCGGGUGGAAAAGUUCUCACCGCAUAUGGUUGCCUGGAUAAAUUUGUGUCUAGAUUUGAAAAAAUUCAUACUUCGAACAACAGCAAGCUUGCUGCGAAAUUGAACAUUGGUGAAGAAUGCAUUAUACCGAUCUCAGACAAAGCAUUUUUCAUCGACAUCGAUGAUGCUUUGCAGAAAAUAAUGAAUCAACAAGAUAUUCUAGCCUCUAAAAUCAAUAGAAUUUUCAUUUACAAUUUACGAAUGGAGAAUAUGUUUAAUUUGGUAAAAGUUAAAAUUAAAGAGCAGUAUGACAUUAGACUUUUCAAAGUUGGAGAGCUACUUGCAAAUAAAAUUGCACAGUACAAAUGCGAUGCCAAUGUGAAAUUCAAAGCAAAAGUCAGAGAGAAGAAGAAAUUAUUCAAAAAGAAGCUUGAUAAGGAUCUACAAAGAGCUAAUGCUAAACUGGCUAAAUAUCAAGUGAAAGUGGAAGAGACAACAACGAGAAAAAAAGACAAAUCAAUGAAGAAAAAAAUUAAAAAGCUAAAAGCACUGAUAAAAAAGAAAAAUGAUCAAUAUCAUGUUCUAGAAGAGUAUUUCGAGGGAAAACUAAAGUCUCAAGUUAAAGGGAAAAUGUUUGAAAAUGCUAGAAGGGAAUUUAAAAAUGUUUACACUCAAAUGAAUCAAUAUAAGACACACAUGGCCAAAUAUAUUGAAAGAUUGAUAGAUAAGGGUGAUGAAAAUAAAAUAGUCUUACCGUCAUAUCGCUUGAAAUUGGAACAAAUGUCGCGAGUAUUACUUGGAAUCACAAGCAAAAAAGUAGAACAAAGAAUUACACAUGAUUUUGAAUCAUUUUUCAACGCUACACUGUCGGAAACAUUGACAUCGGAUGGCAAAAAAGAGCAUCGAAUUUCGCUGAAAUAUUUUUUUACCAGUAAGGGCAUCAAAAUAUUGGUCAGACGGUUUGACAAUUUUAAAAAGUGAAACGUGAUAAAUGCAGUGAUAGAUCUAGCAAGUGAAGAAACACUUCUGUUCAAAUGUGUGGUCUCACGGGAUAGCGAACACGAAACUACGUUUGUUCAUUUUAAGCAAUCGUUUUGGACAACUCACAAAUAUUGAGCAUCUCUUACUGAAAUUGAAACAACUAGCGUAUUGUAAUUUUGGUUCAAAUUAAACAGUAUGAUUUUAUUGCCAUUUACAAACCCAAACAAACUAAUUGGAAUGGAAAUUGGACACGAUGAAACCAAAGUUAUAUGCCACUUUCAGAACACAUCUUGUUGAGACAUGUUGUGACACGAUUGCAUUUACUCGCUUGUUCACCAUUGAUCCGCGUUUGUCAUAAUUAUGUUAAUAUAAACAAUCUCAGAGGAGUCAUAAUAAGGAAACUCAAUGAAUUUCUGUUGGUAACAAUGUCAAUAAAACAUUUUUGUUUAUUAUUCGAACAAAUGGUAUAAUCAAAUGUUGAGGUUUGGAUCGGCUUCGGCAAAGUUAUGAAUUGCGUUUAGAAUUUUGUUUAUGGACAAUGUGAUUAGAAUUAAAUUAUUAAAUUGAUUUUGGAAUUUUCUUUAAAAACAAUGUGAAAUACAGUAAUGAUAACUAACAAGUGAUUCCAAAUGUGUUGACCAAUUCGGUUAUUAAUGUUAAAAAGAAUUGAGUUUUGACCGAUUUUUCAUAGAACAUAAAAUAUUUUGAUGAAACUUAAGUAGUUUUAGCCUAUUAAAGUGUUCGAAAAAAUGAAUGUUCAUAUAUAAUAUUGAUGAAAUUUGUGAUACUUAAACAAUAAAAUUGAUUCAAAUCACAUACAAA